CAGGCGGAAAAACCGCCGCCGCCGCCGCAGCUCCGAAAUAUUAAAACCCCAGCAGAGGAAUUCAGCCUCUAUUCUCUUUCCCGUUUCUACCAUUCCUGUUUUGAAAGGAGUGGAGCAGCAGCGCUUCAUAUUUCCUUCAUACGGAAGGGUUUUUGUUCUUGUUGAAGGAAGGAAGAAAUGAGUCUGGGGACGAAGUGGAUUUACCACGUGAAGAAGCUGAGCACUGCGAACAUCCCCGCGGCGUUGAUAGAGAACGGACAGAAUCGGGUCAUCGAUGCCUCCCUCACCCUUAUCCGCGAGCGGGCCAAGCUUAAGGGAGAGUUGCUACGGGCUUUGGGAGGUGUUAAAGCUUCAGCAUCACUUCUGGGAGUUCCUCUAGGGCACAAUUCAUCAUUUCUGCAAGGACCUGCAUUUGCUCCACCUCGCAUAAGGGAGGCCAUCUGGUGUGGUAGCACCAACUCUAGCACGGAAGAAGGUAAAGAAUUAAACGAUCCUCGUGUGCUAACUGAUGUUGGCGAUGUUCCUAUCCAAGAAAUUCGUGACUGCGGCGUUGAUGAUAACAGACUGAUGAACGUUAUUAGUGAGUCUGUUAAGCUAGUAAUGGAAGAAGAGCCACUUCGUCCAUUGGUUUUAGGCGGUGAUCACUCAAUAUCUUUUCCUGUUGUCAGAGCAGUAUCUGAAAAGCUUGGGGGACCUUUGGACAUUCUUCAUCUAGAUGCCCAUCCAGAUAUCUAUCAUGCAUAUGAAGGAAAUAUGUACUCGCAUGCUUCUUCUUUUGCACGAAUAAUGGAAGGGGGUUAUGUUAGGCGGCUUUUACAAGUUGGAAUUAGAUCAAUUACGAGCGAAGGGCGUGAACAAGGGAAAAGAUUUGGAGUGGAGCAGUACGAAAUGCGUACCUUUUCAAAAGAUCGCCAUAUUUUGGAAAAUUUGAAACUUGGGGAAGGUGCAAAGGGUGUUUAUGUUUCAGUUGAUGUCGAUUGUCUUGAUCCUGCAUUUGCUCCCGGGGUGUCUCACCUUGAGCCAGGAGGCCUCUCGUUCCGUGAUGUUCUGAACAUUCUUCACAAUCUGCAAGCUGAUGUUGUUGCUGCUGAUGUAGUAGAAUUCAAUCCACAACGUGACACUGUUGAUGGAAUGACUGCUAUGGUGGCUGCAAAGCUGGUUAGGGAGCUUACUGCAAAGAUUUCCAAGUAAUGCAGCCUCUUUUUUCUGGGAUGUUCGCAUUGAGUACCGGCCAUUUUAAUGAGUAUGGAUGACUAUAGAAUUUGUGCUUGGUUGUGCUGAGGUAACUCUUCAAUUGGCUUCUUCAUAGUGCUUAUUGAGAACAUGUUUUGCAGUGUUCUGGAUUUAGAAGGAUAUUCUUUUUUGUAACGUGAGGUACACUAUUGCGAUUUGCAUUUCCUCUUUUAACUUAUUGUUGCUGCACUUUUCACCUAAAC